UCCCCUGUGCCUUUCUCUUUUUUAUUUGAUAAAUUGAACCUCCUUUUAGUGUGUGUCUGGUGUCCCAUUCAUUCUCAGGUCCCAACCGCAUCAAGCAUCGCUGAUCCAUCUUCUUCUGUCGUUGCAUCUCUUGCUGUCCCCGAAAGGACGUACCUUAUCCAAAUCUCUACAGAUCAUAUCUUCCCCAAAAGCUACGCCCUCUCUCUCUCUGAUCUGAUUCAAUUGAAUGGGCCUUAACCUUUUCGUUCUCCCUCCAUGGCAAUGGCUAACUCUUUCUCUGCCGUGAUCCUCCACCGCCCUCCCAUCACCGCCCUCGAUCUUCUCCUCAUCUUCCUCCAUACCCUCUUAUAGCUCUCACCCGACAAAGCAAAAAAAGCAAACUUUUUUUUUUCUUUCUGUUUUCGGUUUUUUUUUUAAGGAUACAAAAAGCAGAACAAAAAUCGAUUUUGAUUGUGGUUCCGGAUACCCUUUUGGAUUCCGAUGGCGUCGGUGUUCGUGUACCACGUGGUGGGCGAUCUGACGGUGGGGAAGCCGGAGCUGGCGGAGUUUCACGAGAGUGAGACGGUGGAGUCUGCGAUUAGGGCGAUUGGGGAGUCCCCUGAAGGGAGCAUACCCAUUUGGAAGAAGAGAUCUCAAUUGGGGAUUGAGAACAGUGACAUGAGACAGCAGAGGUUUGUUGGUAUUCUUAGUUCCUUUGACAUAGUUGCGUUUUUGGCUAAGAGUCGGUGUCUGGAGGAUCAGGACAAGGCCUUGAAGACUCCUGUUUCCGAGGUUGUUGUUCAUAACAAUUCGCUGCUCAGGGUUGUUGACCCUGCAACAAGGUUGAUAGAUGCGCUGGACAUGAUGAAACAAGGUGUGAAGCGUCUGCUUGUUCCAAAGAGCAUAGCAUGGAAGGGCAUGAGCAAGCGAUUCUCAGUUAUCUACUACGGCAAGUGGCUCAAGAAUAGUGAAUCUCCUGGCAACAGCAGCAACAAUCUACCACUUAGCAUGAAUCGGAGCCCCUCAACUUCCGUUACUCCUAUCCCUGAUAAGUACUGUUGUCUCUCUAGAGAAGAUGUGCUCCGUUUCAUCAUCGGUUGUCUUGGCGCAUUGGCUCCCCUUCCUCUCACUUCCAUUGCUGCUCUUGAAGCAAUUAAUUCAAACUACAACUAUAUUGAAUCUUCUACUCCAGCCAUUGAAGCCACUCAAAAGCUUCCUCAAGAUCCAAGUGCUGUUGCUGUAAUUGAAAGCGCAUCAGAUGGUCAGUGCAAGAUCAUUGGAGAAAUUUCUGCAUGUAAGUUAUGGAAAUGUGAUUACUUAUCCGCAGCAUGGGCUUUAGCGAAUCUCUCCGCGGGACAGUUUGUUAUGGGAGUUGAAGAUAAUGUCACCCCAAGGUCACUGCAUGAGUUUAGUUUAGAUUCACCAUCUGGAGACAUUGAUUUAGUUAAUAGUGGGGGUUCAAGGAAACCAAGGAAAUUUAGUAGCAGGAGUGUCGGGUUCUUCAGCAAUUCUGCGAGCCAUAACUUUAGUUCUAGAAGCAUGUAUAGGGGUAGGAGUGCACCCCUGACAUGUAAAAUUACUAGUUCAUUGGCUGCAGUAUUGGCUCAGAUGCUAUCUCACAGGGCAACUCAUGUCUGGGUGACCGAGGACGAGAACGAUGAAGUUUUGGUCGGUGUGGUCGGAUAUGCUGAUAUUUUAGCUGCUGUAACCAAACCACCUACAACCUUCAUUCCUGCUAAUAGAUCUACAGAGGGGUUUGGAAAUGAAAUUCAGUGUUGAAUGUUUUGCUUCAACUUUUUCAAUUAGUACUCUUAGCAGUUUGUCUCUUUGGUGCUCAAUCAUCUCACAGUACAUUAAGAUGAAAAACGAGUUUGGAUUGUUGGUUUGUACAAGAUUGUGUUAAUUUAUAAUAGUAAUAAUAAAAAUGAGUAAUGUUUUCAUGAAGUGAAUAGUAAUAACAAGUUUGGAUUGUUGGUUUGUA